AUGUGCUGCUCCUCUUGCUGCCAGCCCACCUGCUACAGGACCACAUGCAGAACCACCUGCUGGAGGCCCACCUGCUGUGGGUCUAGCUGUUGUGGGUCCUGCUGCUGCCAGCCUUGCUGCCGCCCUUGCUGUGGGUCCAGCUGCUGCCAGCCUUGCUGCCGCCCUUGCUGUGUGAGCAGCUGCUGCCAGCCUUGCUGCCGCCCUUGCUGUGUGAGCAGCUGCUGCCAGCCUUGCUGCUGUAGCACUCCCUGCUGCCAGCCCAGCUGCUGUGGGUCCAGCUGUGGCGGGUCCUGCUGCUGCUCACCCUGCUGCCAGCAAGUCUGUGACAAAAUGUGCUGCUCCUCUUGCUGCCAGCCCACCUGCUACAGGACCACAUGCAGAACCACCUGCUGGAGACCCACCUGCUGUGGGUCCAGCUGUUGUGGGUCCUGCUGCUGCCAGCCUUGCUGCCGCCCUUGCUGUGGGUCCAGCUGCUGCCAGCCUUGCUGCCGCCCUUGCUGUGUGAGCAGCUGCUGCCAGCCUUGCUGCUGUAGCACUCCCUGCUGCCAGCCCAGCUGCUGUGGGUCCAGCUGUGGCGGGUCCUGCUGCUGCUCACCCUGCUGCCAGCAAGUCUGUUGCUGUCCCGUGAAUGUCUGCAGAACCUGCUACCGCCCCACCUGCUGCUGCGUGCCUGGGUGCAUAAGCUAUGGCUGCGGAUCCAGCUGUGGCCAGUCCUGCUGCUGCUGAUCACC